AACCGGAUUGAGAAGUGCGUGGAGGCAGGAAGACCGGUGCACACAUUCCGAGCUGAAAUGGAGAAGUAUUUCGGAAACGCUUACAGGGGCGACCCGGGAGUCCCACACUCCGACCCGAGCACGUUUUGGAGCAAGUGGAUCGGCGCUGCUGGCUUCUCAGCCAUAACCUGGUUCAAUCCUUACAUGUGGCAACUCACCAACGAGUACAAUUGGCAUGAUCAAGCAAUGCUUUUUGAGCAGUAUCACUGGAAGCAAGCACGGAAGAAGAACCAGCCAUAUAAUUUUAAGUGGAAUCAAAUGUCCAAAGAAGUUAGAGACUCAUACUACUUCAACUGGCCUGUCUAUUUUCCAUAGGGUUCUUGGAUUUGGAAUAUGCUCAUCUAACUGGAAAGAAUUCGAGACCCACGGAAAAAUGUGUUUUCAAUGGUCUCUUUAUUGUUAGAAUCAAAGAUUAAUAGCCUUUUCUUUGCUUUCCAUAAUGGUUAAUCGGCACAUCUUGACAUUCUGUAUUAUAUGGGUAUGAUUAGGAGACCGUUCUGGUUCCGGUUAGCAGUUCCAAAAUUUAGAGUAUCGGUACCCUAGCUGGGGAUUGCUAUUAUCGGCCCUGUUCCGGUAAUCCGGUUUGCUUGAUAGAUUCAUGGCGUCCUAGUUCUUAGUAUUUAUUACUUUCAAUUAUCGAUCAAUGCAAAUAAUGAAAACUGCUGUAAUGAUAUAUUCAAAAGUUAAAAUAAUAUACACA